AGCUCCUGAACGCCUCCAUAAACCUUCGCAUUUCACAGAAUCGUGUAAUCGGAGAAUCACAAACAAAAAAAUGGGAACCCUAGGAAGAGCGAUUUACACUGUGGGCAACUGGAUUCGUGGGACUGGUCAAGCUCUUGAUCGUGUUGGUUCUCUUCUUCAAGGAAGCCACCGCAUCGAAGAACAUCUGUCGAGGCAUAGGACGUUGAUGAAUGUGUUUGAUAAAUCUCCAUUGGUGGAUAAGGAUGUGUUUGUGGCUCCGGGUGCUUCUGUUAUUGGUGAUGUUCAGAUCGGGAAAGGCUCGUCGAUUUGGUAUGGGUGUGUUCUUCGAGGUGAUGUGAAUAACAUUAGUGUUGGAUCCGGGACAAAUAUCCAAGACAAUACUCUUGUCCAUGUUGCGAAGACCAACAUAAGUGGCAAGGUUCUACCUACUCUAAUUGGGGACAAUGUAACAGUAGGUCAUAGUGCUGUCAUACAUGGGUGUACUGUUGAGGAUGACGCCUUUGUUGGCAUGGGAGCUACCCUACUCGACGGUGUGGUGGUUGAGAAACAUGCCAUGGUUGCUGCUGGUUCUCUUGUGAAACAGAACACGCGAAUCCCUUCUGGAGAGGUGUGGGGAGGAAAUCCAGCAAAGUUCAUGAGAAAGUUAACAGAUGAAGAGGUAGAAUAUAUCUCACAGUCAGCAAAAAACUACAUCAAUCUCGCACAGAUUCAUGCCUCAGAGAAUUCAAAGUCAUUUGAUCAGAUCGAGGUUGAGAGGGCGCUUAGGAAGAAGUAUGCACGCAAGGACGAGGAUUAUGAUUCAAUGCUUGGGAUUACUCGUGAAAUUCCAGCCGAGUUGAUUCUUCCCGACAAUGUGUUACCUGGUGGUAAACCCGCCCCCAAGGUCCCGACUACUCAGUACUUCUAAUUCCAAUCUCAGGUUGUUUUUGUGUGUUAAAAUCAUUUCAAGACAGGAUUGAUUCUCUGGAAGGUCGAGAGAGAUAUUAUUUUGAUUUUCACUUUUCUUCCGAGCAAGCAGGGGAUUUAUCAUCCUUGCUCAAUAAUGUAUGGUUGCAUUAUGAUAAAGUCAUUUCUUCGAGGAACAAUUGCAAAAAGAGAAACAAAGUUGCCUUCAUCACU